CUUUAAGCGUUUGUUUAUGUUUUUUCGGUGUGAAAAAAGUGCUUUAUAUGGUGGAGCGAACAAACAAACAAUUGCCAAGUGUCUCAAGUGCCGCUGCUUAAUCAGCCUGAUUAACUAGGCCAAAAGCACACCAAAGCCGCCAAAGAGAUAAACCCAAAAACCAAAUCAAAGGUUUCACCUUAAUCCUUAAAGAGGAAAUCAUAGGAAAGGAACACAAAGAAUUGGCCCAGGGGCCAGGCUCUAAACCGCAAGCACCCCAAAAAGGAGACACGAGACUGGAGCGAGGAGCCAGGAGCCAGGAGCCGGCAGGGGCAGUGCCACAAUAGACAAAGUGUAUCAAUUAUAAUACGGGUACCGAACCGUAUCCAAAGAGGACCUAGGAGCUAGGAGGAGGAUCAGGAGGAGCAUCCACACACAGAUACAGAUACAGAUACAGAUACAGAUACAGAUACAGAUACAGACACAGAUAUGUCGGCAACGACAAGUGCAACCACAAUUACCUCUGAUCCGGGCAUCCUCUGUUUUCAUCAUUGCAACGCAAAAGUUUUCUGCUUCACUUUGCCCCACACUUGCCCCCAUUGCAAUGCGCCACUGGAUGCGGCCACAGAUGCAGACGAGGAUACGGAUGCCGAUGCGAAUGCCCAGUCCGUGGUGGACAUGGGUGCCACAGCUGUACAGUCCCGCCUACUGCCAUUCCGUCUGCCGUAUCCCUUUGUGCGGGCCACACAGCAUCCGUGCGCCAUUGUCCUGCGGCCCUCCACCGGCGAUUUUCUCAACGAUUACAGCAAUGCGACCGAUUUGCAUAUCGCAGUGACCACAUCCGGGGCGGACAUCGUGGAGUUCGAUCGGGAGGGACUGCGGCGCCACCGGCGGGACGAUAAUCCGCGCGAAUGGCGGCAGAGUCUCCUGGUGGGCGAUGUGCCCGAGCCCUGGCACGACUACUGGGACGAGGUGCUGCAGCAGAUUUGCGCCCAAUCUACGCGGUGGUCCAUUACCAGCUACGAGGAGACCAGCCACAACUGCUACGCCUUUGUCCUCGCCUUCCUCCAGGCCCUGGGCCACGGCCAGCUGAGCGAGGCGGCCCGCAGCAAAACCGCCUUCUGUGAGAGGUACAUUGUGCCCCGCACGACCACGGCGGGCAAGUACAUCUCCCUCUAUCGCAGGCUGAGGCGCCACGGAGUCCAUGUGCAUCGACAGCAGCCCAGGCUUAGGACCAGGCUCAAGUCCACCUCCUCCUCCCACUCCGCCGCCACCGCCUCAUCCGCGGAUGUCUGUGAUGGUGCCAGGAGCACCGGCAAAGCCGCAGCCAACAGUGGCCCCUUCUCAAGCAACAGUAUUGGCAUCAUCGGCUCCCGGCCCCGCCCCAAGCUGUGCACCAUUGAGGAGUGAUCGACGGAGGGGGCUCUCAGGUGGCAGAGGAGGGGAGGGCUGCAGUGGCUACCCAUAGCAAAUGCAUGUGAAAAUUGUUGUAAACCAUAAAUUAAUUAAAAAUAAA